UAGUCUUUUAGCUUCUCCUCCUCACCUCAGGCCGGCAGAUCCAGCAGGCUUUGACCCGCAGCAGGAUGGCACCGGAAACACACAGAGACGCCGUGGAGCCGGAGCAGGCCGAAAACACCGAGGGCACGGUUGUGAAGAACGGCGGUGUGUUUCGCUCCGUGCUGCGCGGCCUCCUCUGGCCCUUCGGCAUCGUGGUGCGCGUGUACCGCGGGUUUUGGUGGGUGUUGGGUUAUCGGCAGCCACAGGAGAAAGCCUUCGUGAGCCCCGCGGUCUCCAGUCCCGCACGCCAGAGCCUCGCCGGCCGCAAGCGCCUCCACCGGGUCACCCGGCUGCUGCUGUCCAUCCUGCCCCGCUGGGUGCAGGGCGCCAUGGGCUACCCGGUGUCCAGCAGCAUUGGGCGCUGCCUCUCACCAGAAAUCAGAGUCUCUCCUACUAAACCUUGUGGAAAGGGCAGCAAGAGAAAGCAGGAUGAGUUGGACGAGGAUGAGGAGGAGCAAGAGGAGAGUCAGACCUGGGUGGAGGCGCUCACUCAGGAGCUUGCUGAAGACGAAGGCCCAGAGGAGGAUCCCGACUAUGAGCCCAGUACUGUUGAGACUGAGAGCGAAGAGUACCGCUCGCACAACAGCACAGAAAGCGACAUUGAAGUUGAAGGCAAAGGCGUCGUCAUUGAGGAUGUGAAAAUGGAUAUUGAGCUGUCAACUCCAUCUGAAGUCUCUUGCCCUGCUGUUUAAUGUGUCAUAUUGACAAAAUGUAUUGUUCCAGUGUUUUUGUAUGUUUAUAUAUUGAUUCAAUAAAAUAUUGUCUCUUGCCUUGA